GGUCGAGGAAGGGCAGGUGGUGGCCACAUUUCUUCGCUGCCCUUCCCCUGCGCUCCCGGUCACAGUUCCGCCCUUACUAGCCCCACUUCCGGCCAGAAAAGACACUUCCACCCGGAAAAGGGGUCGUCCCGCUGGUGGCGCCAGAAGUAGCCAGGUCUCUAUUUCCUGCCCACCCAUAACUUCCGCCAGGAGAUACAGUCUCCGCCGCUGUUUGUUCCAUCCACGAUCAACGCAAACGAAGCUAGAUUCUCUCCAACUCAAGACGAGAGCUCCUCUCUCACGCUGCAGGAGAAGGAAGGGCGGGGAGGAAACAAGCCUCCGCUCUCACGCCACACCCUCCCACGUUCGCGGAGGGGAAGCCACAUUUGCCCUGAGAGAGGCGCGGCCGCUUUUUUCUAACCCCGCUCUCGCGAGUUCUCGGAACUCUCGCGAUAACCAACGCCCGACUUGUGCGCCCGGGAAACCCCGUUGCUCCCUUUUCCGUGGCUGGCAGCUUGGAGGCCGCACGAUGCCUGGAGUUACUGUAAAGGACGUGAACCAGCAGGAGUUCGUCAGAGCUUUGGCAGCCUUCCUCAAAAAGUCCGGGAAGCUGAAAGUCCCUGAAUGGGUGGACACUGUCAAGCUGGCCAAGCAUAAAGAGCUCGCUCCCUACGAUGAGAAUUGGUUCUACACACGAGCUGCUUCCACAGCACGGCACCUGUACCUCCGGGGCGGCGCUGGGGUUGGUUCCAUGACCAAGAUCUAUGGGGGGCGUCAGAGAAAUGGUGUCAUGCCCAGCCACUUCAGCAGAGGCUCCAAGAGCGUGGCCCGUCGGGUUCUCCAAGCCCUGGAGGGGCUGAAAAUGGUGGAAAAGGACCAAGAUGGGGGCCGCAAACUAACACCUCAGGGACAGAGAGAUCUGGACAGAAUCGCUGGACAGGUGGCAGCUGCCAAUAAGAAGCAUUAGAACAAAUGAUGCUGGGUUAAUAAAUUGCCUCAUUCGUAAUCCU